GCGAAAAGCAUGUUGUUGCGCCGAGCUGCGUCGAUGGCAGCUGCCCGCGUCGACGCGCAACUGCAGGCGUGGGCCUCGGCGCUGCCUCAUGAGGCCGGCGCCGCCUUGCGUGCCAACGGCUACUACGUCGUCGACGGCGCCGUCUCGCCUGCGUUGGCCCAAGCGCUGCGCGAUGAGAUCGCGUCCUUGGCGGCCGCCGAUGCGCUCUACCCGAACGCCACGCACGUGUACGUCAAAGACGCGCCGCGCCCGUUGCUCUUGGAGAAGGCGCACAUCCACGAGACCGAGCUGGCCGACAUGUCAUCCGACUACGCCAGCCUCCACCGCUGGUUUGACAACCCGACGCUGCGGACGACGUGCAAUGCGUUGUUGCCUUCGCUGCGCGCCGACCGCCACAUGAUCAAGGUCCAAUACAACGACGGCCACGGUGGCUGCUUCCCCAUGCACUUUGACACGUACGGCGACGACGGCAAGUGCCUCACGGCGGUGCUGUACCUCAACGAGACGUGGGCGCCGGGCGACGGUGGCGAAAUCGUACUCUACCCGUUCCCAUACGCGCCGACGACGAUCGCGCCCGCGUCCGGUCGCCUCGUGCUCUUCUCGUCCCACCGCAUGCUGCACCGCGUGCUGCCGUCCAAUGUCCCACGCUACUGCUUGACGACGUGGAUGUACCGCGAUCCAAGCUUGAACGCUGCGUAUCCGCCGCACCGCACGCGCUCGAAUGGCUACGACACGAUGCUGGCCAAGGUGUGUGCGAGUCCCUUCCGCGCGCACUUGGCCAAGCUCGCGUACGCCGACGAGUGGCGGCAGUCGCUUCUCGAGUCCCACGCCAAGACACAGUCGUUUGCUGCCUACCUGCAGAGCUACGACGCAGAGCUCGACGUCAUUGCCGCCGCGACCGACAAGAUGCUGACGACGUUUCGCAAGAAGAGCGACGACAUUCC